AUGAAGGGCCGGCGGCGGCGGCGGCGGCAGCAUCGGAAACUCCUGUUCUUGCUCGUUUUGUACACUCUGGUCCUGCUGCUGCUGCCCUAUGUCCUGGACGGUCGCAAGGGCGGCGAGGAGGCGGGCGUCCGGCGCUGCCCCAGCCUUCCAAGCAGCCUGGGAGUGUGGAGCCUGGAGGCGGCGGCGGCCGGGGGCGAGGAGGAGGAGGAGGCUAAAACUUUGAUCCGGGCCGGAGGGGGAGCCUCGGAGAGCCUCCGGAACGGGAGCGACCCUGCCCGACGGCCGCCGCCGCCCGAGAAGCAGCACGUCUACCUGCACGCCACUUGGCGGACCGGCUCGUCCUUCCUCGGGGAGCUUUUCAAUCAGCACCCCGACGUGUUCUACCUGUACGAGCCCAUGUGGCACCUGUGGCAGGCGCUCUACCCGGGCGACGCCGAGAGCCUGCAGGGCGCCCUCAGAGACAUGCUCCGCUCGCUCUUCCGCUGCGACUUCUCCGUGCUGCGGCUGUACUCCCCGCCGGCAGACCCCGCCGCCCCGGCCCAGGUCUCCGCCAACCUCACCACGGCAGCCCUGUUCGGCUGGAAGACCAACAAGGUGAUCUGCUCGGCGCCCCUGUGUCCGGCCGCCCCCAGGGCCCGGGCCGACGUGGGGCUCAUCGACGGGGCCACCUGCGAGCGCAGCUGCCCGCCCGUGUCGCUGCGGGAGCUGGAGGCGGAGUGUCGGAAGUACCCGGUGGUGGUGAUCAAAGACGUUCGCCUGCUGGACCUGGGCGUGCUGGUGCCGCUGCUGCGGGACCCCGGCCUCAACCUCAAGGUCAUCCAGCUGUUCCGUGACCCGAGGGCGGUGCACAACUCCCGCCUCAAGUCCAGGCAGGCGCUGGUGCGCGAGAGCAUCCAGGUGCUGCGCACCCGCCAGAAGGCUGACCGCUUCCAGCGCCUGCUGUUCGCCCAGAGCGUCGGGGGCCGAGCGGGGCCGUCGCUGCUCCGGCCGCAGCCUCCCGGGCCCCGGACGGACUUCCUCCUGAGCGGGGCUCUGGAGGUGAUCUGCGAGGCGUGGCUGCGGGACUUGCUCUUCGUCCGGGGCUCCCCGGCCUGGCUGCGCAGGAGGUACACCCGGCUGCGCUACGAGGACCUGGUGCUGGAACCCCGCACCCAGCUGGCCCGCCUGCUGCGCUUCACGGGGCUGCCCGCCCUGCCGGCCCUGGACGACUUCGCCCUCAACAUGACUCGCGGCUCGAGCUACAACGCCGACCGACCCUUCCUCAUCUCGGCCCGGGACGCCCGGGAAGCGGUGCACGCGUGGAGGGAGCGGCUGAGUCAGGAGCAGGUGCGCCAAGUGGAGGCCUCCUGUGGCCAGGCCAUGCGCCUGCUAGGCUACGCGCUCAGCGGAGAGGAAGGCGGCGGCCAGAAGGUCCGGGAAGGCAAGCCUCCGGAGAGGAGCAGCAGAAAGCAGCGGCAGGCGCUGCAAACCGGAUCCCCAGAUAAACUGCAACAUUGAAGUGUACAGUCCAGAAGGAUGAAGAAUCACUGCUGAUACUUUGCACGGUUGGGGUAUUGAGACUUUACUUGACACUAACUGCUGUACAGUUCUGCAUAGCAGAAAAAAUAGUGAGCAGUUAAACACAACGGACACAUCUGCAAAGACUACAUUUCCAAUAAGGAAGUGACAUAGUGCAAUAUGGAUACGGUGGCCCUCCAAUAUGGAGGGCUUUAUUUUCCAGCUUGAACCUGCCUGUGGUGAUUGCCGCCCUUUGAAGGUGAUGACAUUCCCGGUGACGAAUGAAGAGGAGGCUUAAAUUUUUUAUGGUUUCAGAAUUAAUGCUGUUUACAUCACAACUUGGACAAAGAUAUUGAUCUGAAAACCAUGGCAAGUGUGGUCUUGCCCUGUGUUCAUUCUGUAACUUAAAGGUUUUAAGGUCUGAAUGGGAUCUUUAAGAAAAAAAAGAUUCUUCUAGCUCUUCUUUACCUUCCAUUCUCUAGGCCCAUCAAAGAAUUAAAUGUAAUUUUCACUCCCAAGUCCAUAUUCAUAAGAAUUAGAAAUACUAUUAAAUAAUAAGUUCAGAAAGCAGCCAUGAAGACUCUAAGAUUGAUGACAUCAGGUAAAAGUGAGUACUACCCCAUACACACAGUGCUGGAUGGAAAAGAAAGAAACCUUAGGACUCCUGGCUUAACAGGCUUUAGCAAAGCUAAAAUGCCCCCAGCCAAAUCAAUUACAUACCCUGCUCACCACCCUUUAAUUGUGCCACUUGCUGGUUGAAGUUGGGCUGCUACAAGACCACAGAUGUGCCAUUAGUGCUUUAGGUUAAAAAGCAGGAGAAUAUAAAUCACAGGCAGAGAGGUCAGGUUUACAGUAUUUCCCUUGACACUAAGGCACAACCAGGCACAUUAAAAAAAGAUUUUUAUGUCUAAUGCUGCCCUGAUUUUUGCACUCUUUAAAAAAAAAACACCAAAUGCCCCAAACCCCCACAAGUUCUUAAGUGAGACUGAAAGAGGAUCAGGCCCCAGAGAACACACUCCAUUUUCCCUUAUGACAUGGUAAGAGUUGAAAUCAGAGGGGCAGUCCUGGUGUAUAACUUGCAACAAAUUAUUAAUCCUAAUAAUAGAUUAUGGGGUUCCUAUGGGGUUUUUCCAAACGAUAGACUUUUUUUUUUACUUCUGAAGCAAGAAGGAAGAAAGGAAUAAAGGAAAAUAGGGUAGGAAAUCAUUUUGUAGGACUUUGGAGAAGUCAGUCUAAGCAGAAGCAAUGGAAAAUGUUCAGUAAACCAUGCAGGAAGAAAGUUUAGACUCUGAGGUACCUCUGAGUAGGCCUUCCUGCUGAGGUGUGUAGGAGGCCUGGGAGUCAUGUUUUUGCAGAACACUGAAGCCCUUCCUCCUGGUACAUACUGUUAAAAGGCUAUUAAGUUUUGUUAAUGUUGGAGGCUAAAAUUCUCCCACCUUCUGGUUUAUAAAACCCUGCUCCGCCCUCCCCCCAAAAAAGACUACUUCAUCUGAAAUAGGCUGUAGAUUCUUGGUUACCUCCCCACUGAAUCAUUUCUUAAAUAUGGUGAAACUUCAAACAAUGUUAAAAUGAGAGUUGGUCUAUAAGACAAUUUCCUUCUCAUUCCUUUAACUGUGGAAGGACACAUAGCCCCAUUUUGUCACAUUUUCAGUUCAGGAGAAAUAACACUUAACAGAAUGGAAACAAAUUCUUCUCGCUUUCCUCUAAAGCCUAUAACUUGUCAACCCAACAAGCUAUAUGUAAUUCAACUGUCACAGAAUAAAACUUGAAUCUUUAAUGUUUUUAAAAUGAAGAAAAAAGCUUUGUACAACUGACCUGGGGCCUCCCUCCUCCUCUUUAUUGCAAUCUCUGAGAUUUGAAU